AUGGCACUUCGUCCGUCCACUGCUCCACAGCCUGUCCCACUGCCGUCUCCUCCUGCUUCCUCUCUUCCUGCUCUUGCUGACCCUGGGUCCGACUCUCUUCGUGCUACCAGUCCUACUGUCACGCGUCUCUUGGCUACUGUUGUCACUGACCCUUCCUUUGAGUCUGCUGCUGCGUCUGCCUUAGUUGCUGAGCUUGUCGACUUUGCUGCUCGCUGUCGACUAGACUACGCUGCUAGCCUUGUUGCUGAGUCUGAGUCUGCCUGUCCUCCGUCCGUCGGGGGUGAUUGUGCUCUUGGCACUGACGUCCUUGAGGACAGGCAGAAGGAGUUUGAGUGCUUUGCUGCCGCUUUGCCCCAUCUCGUGUCCAUGCUUGUUGCCCCUGAGGGAGACCCGGAUGCACCAGACAUCCCGACCCCACGCUCUUACGCAGAGGCGAUGGCCGGUCCCUACUCCUCUCAGUGGCAGUCAGCCAUGGACACAAAGAUGGCUUCCUGGAAGUCCACAGGCACCUACGUCGACGAGGCUCCCCCACCUGGGGCGAACAUCGUCAGUGGGAUGUGGAUUUUCAGGGUGAAGCGGCCGCCGGGCUCUCCGCCUGUCUUCAAGGCGCGUUACGUUGCACGAGGCUUCAGUCAGCAAGAGGGAGUUGACUUCUUCCAGACCUUCUCCCCGACCCCGAAGAUGACCACUCUUCAGGUUCUGCUGCACGUCGCCGCUCAGCAUGACUACGAGCUCCACUCGCUUGACUUCAGCACUGCUUUCCUGCAGGGCAACCUGCACGAGGAGAUCUGGCUGCGCCGUCCACCUGGCUUCACUGGGUCGUUCCCUCCUGGUACCCAGUGGAGCCUCCGACGGCCAAUCUACGGUCUCCGCCAGGCGCCUCGUGAGUGGCACGACACACUGAGGACUACGCUUGCGGCUCUUGGGUUCGCACCUUCUACUGCUGACCCGUCGCUGUUUCUACGCACCGACACCUCACUGCCGCCGUUCUACGUUCUUGUGUACGUCGACGACUUGGUCUUUGCUACUGCUGACACUGUGGCACUCGCCCACGUGAAGUCGGAGCUGCAGAAGAGACACACGUGCACAGACCUGGGUGAACUGACAAGCUAUCUUGGCUUGCGGAUCACCCGGGACAGAGCACGCCGCACCAUCACCUUGACUCAGUCACACAUGGUGCAGCAGGUCCUUCAGCGCUUCCGCUUCACGUACUCCUUGCCUCAGCCCACUCCUCUGCCUACCGGUCACUCGCUCUCAGCUCUGCCUUCGGAUGAGUCCGUAGAGCCGAGUGGCCCGUAUCCAGAGCUUGUGGGUUGCCUCAUGUACCUGAUGACUUGCACUCGACCAGACCUUGCAUACCCUCUCAGCAUUCUUGCACGCUAUGUCGCUCCCGGCCGUCACCGGAAGGAGCACAUGGAUACAGUUAAGAGGGUGCUGCGCUACUUGUGCAGUACGUCGGGCAUGGGGCUAGUGCUUGGAUGGCGAGUCCCAGUUGUUCUCACUGGGCACUCAGACGCUUCUUGGGCAGACGACCAGGCUACUCAGCGGUCCUCCAGUUGUGAGGCUGAGAUCUACGCCACAGCCAUGGCGGCCCACGAGCUCCACUAG